GGAGGAAGCAGGGCACAUAUAAGUCUGCACACAAAAGUUUAAAGAGAUCAAUAAUCCCUUAUCAGCACUAUUAAAACCCCACCCCCCGGGGUCAAGUCUCUCUCCGGGACCUUCACUCGAUCCUCCACUGUGCUCGGCCGGAGGUCUCACCUGAGACCGGGUAGAGAUGAGGACUCCGCAGAUCAUCCGAGGAUCACCGGCGCAGCUGCUACUGCUGCUGCUGGCAGGGGUUUGCGUUGACGGCUACAGGCCUGUGGUAAUCGUGCACGGCAUUUUAGACGGACCAAAACAGUUCCAAACUCUGCGUCAAUACAUAACCAAGGCGCAUCCAGGCACUGAGGUGCCAGUGAUCGACUUGUACAACAACCUGAAGAGUUUUGUGCCACUGUGGAAGCAGGUCCAGGGCUUCAAGAAAGCCAUCGAGUCCAUCUCGCAAAAGGCUCCCGAUGGCAUCCAUCUUCUGUGCUUUUCACAAGGUGGUCUAAUUUGUCGAGCCCUUCUCUUCACAACGCCACGCCACAACGUGCACAACUUCAUUUCACUGUCAUCACCGCAGGCUGGGCAAUAUGGAGACACAGCCUACCUGAGGUGGCUAUUUCCACAAUACUUAAAGAAGACAGUGUAUAAAAUUUGCUACUCAAGAUUUGGGCAGACUCUGUCUAUUUGUCAAUACUGGAAUGACCCUCACCAUAGGUCUCUGUACCUGCAGCGCAACAACUUUCUGACAAAGCUUGAUGGUGAAAUAUCUCACGCUGACAUGAUAGCAUGGAGAGAAAACUUUCUCCGCAUCAAGAAGCUUGUGCUGAUUGGAGGACCAGAUGAUGGCGUCAUCACACCAUGGGAGUCCAGCCGCUUUGGAUUCUAUGACAGCAACGAAAAUGUUGUAGAAAUGAGGAACCAGGAGUUUUACAAGAGUGAUGUGUUUGGGCUGAAGACGCUGGAUGCUCGUGGUGACGUGAGGACGUGUAUUCAGUCUGGUGUGAAACACGUUCAGUGGCACUCCAACCACACGGUGUUCAAGAGCUGCAUAGAGAAGUGGCUCACAUGAGAACAGCCCGGCUACAGACGGCGAGAGAUGUUAAUGCAAUGUGUUAUUGAAGUGAAACAGACUAUAUGAUCAGCACUGGUUACACAUGCAGACACUGAAUACUGUAGAAAUAGCUUGUGCUUUUGCAAAAGUUCAGAUGAUUGAUAUUUUAUAUGCUGGUACAUGUUGGAUUAAUGAUUAUGAAAUUUGGUAAAGAGCUUCAGUUUCCCACAGGAUGAAUUAAUAAGUUUGCUGAUCUCUGAACUAAGAACAGCUUUACAGAGCCACAGUCUUGUUUAACACAUUUUUUAUACAAGAAAGAAACCAGAUAAACAUAAAAGUAACAAAAACAUACAAAGGAAAAAGUACAGAAACAUGUGCGGCAAUACAAAAGCAACAUCUGAGGUUUUUCUUUCCUCCUCAUGAAGACAGGGGCAGGUAUAUCAGACAUGGUCUCCAUAAAUAUGAAAGGUUUCCUUGAUUGAUUAUAAUGGAUUCAAGUAAGAUCAGUUAACCAGAGAGUGUGCACAUGUUCUCAAACAAUGAACCCUUUUACAAUAACCGUUGUAAAAAGGGACAUAACACUUCCUGCUUCCAGGGGAUAUUUUACAACUGAAAAUUCAUCAAGUUUUCAGGUAAAACUAAAAUCAAUUAGCUAAGGUUCAAUCAGCAUGAAUAUUUUUUUCAAUGAUCCGUUUUGUGUUCAGAUUUGUAUAUUUGAAACAGUUUUUGAAUUUAGUAAAUAUCUGCUUAUUUUUGCUUGCUUCUGAACAAAAAAAAGAAACUGCUGCAGACUCUCCGCAUAGGAACACCUUUAAAUGGUUAUUAUUAUCGUAAAGGCAGUGGUUCUCAAAAGGUUUACACAAGUUAGACCAUGGACCCCAUUUGAUAAGAUUUUAGAUGC